AUGGACCACUCUCCGAUCGCGUUCGUGUGUGCCGUUGCGGUCACGGCUGGCUUGGUGAGCACUUCUUCAGUGGAAGCGGGCAGCACGGGCAACCACAUCAUCGUCUCCGCCCCCGCGUGGGUGUCUCCGCGGACGGCGGUGGUGCCACCAGCAGGAGGCCAACGCGACGGCGCACUGCGUCAGCUAGUCUGGACCACCAGCACCACCAGCGCCCGAAGUGAUGGGUGCGAGGCUACGCCAAGUUCUCCGCAGGGUGGUGGUGCGUUUUGUCGCGAAAACCCGCUCUGGACCAAACAUGAGUCCGCCAUGUGGGUCAGGGGCGGGGCAAGCGACGGCGGCGGCGCCAACGGCGGGGGCGCUGAUCCAAGCGGCAAGAAGGCGGUCAAGCCGGGGUCGCCAUCAAAGGUUGCCGCGGAGAAGAGUGGGCCCGCACGGGGUGGGGGUGGAGCCGGGGGCGUGUGGGCCAGCGUCGCGAGAGCAUGGAGGGCGGUCCGUGGGGGGCGGCCGCACAACCACGGCAGCAACACCGGGGCAACCUCGGCUGUAGCAGACCCCAAGGCUAGCAGCGGCGGCGGGUCCCACAAUUCAAAGGUCGGGGGCGGGGCUGCAACUUCUCGCGAUGCAGGGGAGGAAACAGGUUCGAGCGGGGCAUCGCCAUCAGGGUCCGGUUCAGGUGCGACGACGAGGUCAGGCAAGGCUAGCAGCAGUCGGAGAACGAAGAGGAAUAGCAGCAAGAAGCGCUCGUUCCCCAGAGAAGGAACCGGCGGGGAGAGGCAGCAGCAGCGCGCACCGUAUUCGACAUCUAAUAGAAGAAACGUCUACGGCGCGGCUGCGGCCUCCUCGCCCCACUGGCAACCACAGCCGCAGCGAACGCCGGGAAGCUUUGUGGUCUCCUCUGCAGAGCGGGAACGCAGGGAGGUGGAGGUCAGGGACGCGCUCGUUCGGGCGGAGGGGGAGGUGGGCGGGGAGCACCCGAGAGUUGCCACGCUCCUCUUUCUCCUGUCGCGGAUAGUGCAGGAGAGGGGGGACUACACCGAGGCCGAGGAACUCUGUACCAGGGCGCUCAGCAUUUACGAGGCGGCGCUGGGCCCAGAACACCCGGAUGUCGGGGUGGCUUUGAACUGCCUCGCUAUGUCAUGGCAGGCUCAGGGAAAGCUUAUGGAGGCCGAGCCGCUGCACAAAAGGGCGCUCGAUAUCGCGCGAAGCACCACCGGCCCCGGCCACCCCACGGCCGCCUACUCUCUUCACGGACUAGCAGUCUUGGCACAGGCCCGAGGGAGGUUCGAUGAGGCGGAAACGCUGUUCCGAGAAGCCCUGGGGAUCAACGAGCGGGCCCACGGGAAUCGCCACCCGGAGGUGGCCUCCUGCCUCAACAGCCUCGCUGCCCUCCUGCAGGCUCGAGGAAGCUACGACGAAGCAGAAAUCCUCUUCACGAGAGCGCUGGAAGUGGACGAGGCGUGUUUUGGGUUGGAGCACCCCCGGGUAGCGGCGGGUUUGCACAACCUGGCGGCGUUGCUGCAGGCACAAGGGAAGCACGAGGAGGCUGACAGGCUACAAAGUCGAGCGUUGAAGACGUGGGAGAGGGAGUACGGCCCGGAACACCCCAAGCUAGCGGCGUUUCUGAACAACCAGGCAACGCUCCGCUUGGCGCAGGGUAAGCCCGACGAAGCGGAGAAGUUGGGGCUGCGCGCCCUGUCCAUCGUGGAGAAGGCGUACGGACCGGUGCACCCUGAGAUCGCUACGUGCCUCAACAACCUCAGCGCCUUGCUACAUGCGAGAAGGCGAGAUGACGAGGCUGAGCCACUAUGCCGCAGAGCGCUCCAGAUCUCGGAACAGAUCUACGGCUCAAACCACCCCAAGAUCGCUACCUGCCUCAACAACCUGGCUACUCAGGUGCAGGCAAGAGGGGAGUUCGAGGAAGCGGAGGAGAUGUUCACAAGGGCUUUGGACAUCGGCAGGCAGAUGUACGGCCCGUCGCACCCCAACGUGGCCACAGGUCUCUCGAACCUCGCCGGGCUCUUGAGAUGUCAGGGCAAGCUGGACGAGGCCGAGCCGCUGUAUCGGAAGGCGGUGGAAAUCGGCGAGACCGUUCUUGGACCUGACCACCCCGACCUCGCCACUUGGCUCAACAACCUGGCUACGCUCGUGAGGGAUAGGGGAGACCCGGAUGCCGCUGAGCCUUUGCAGAGGAGAGCGCUCGCCAUAGGGGAGAAAGUGCUGGGACCGGCUCACCCAGACUUGGGGGCGCAGGUCAUCAACCUGGCCUCGCUGCUGAGCGCACAAGGGAAAACCGAGGAGGCGGAGAGGCUGUUCAUUAGAGGUCUGGCUACGCUGGAGGCGGCUCACGGUCCCGAGCAUCCCGACGUCGCGGCCGUGCUGAGUCACUACGCAUCGAUGCUACAUCAAGAGGGGCGAGACGCGGAGGCGAAGGAGCUCAUCAAGCGGGCGCUAGCGACCGUGGAGAGAUUCUUCGGCCCUUCGCACCCCAUCGCCGUGCAAUUGCGAGCGAUCCUCGAACCGGGAGGAUGGGGCGCGGAUUGA